GUGCCGCUCGCUAAACUUUGCUGGAUGAUAUAAAUUGCCUACACCUUUCAUAUUCUUCGCCUACAAUUUCCCUUUAUCAUAUUCAUUGCCUUGCAAAUCAUCCUCUCGCCAACAAAUUUCAAUGCCAAGACGAAAAAGGACCGCCCGCAAACCUAAAGCACCGCAUAUUCCUCCCCGCCGUCUGGGAGGAAAACUUUGCUGCUAUAGGGGUGUGCAUACGCCAAAACAGCGUGUAGAAUAUACUCCACUGCCGAGUAAAAGCUGUAGUCAAUGUCAGAAUUUGCAGAUGAAAAGUAUUUUACCCCCAAAUUCAGACCAAAUUAUGACACCCACAACAUUUCAGCAAUUUGCUCUGCUUCCAGUCGAGAUUCAAACAAAAAUUUGGAAGCUUGCUGCCUAUUCCGCAACUAAUGAAUCUCGUAUUAUACCAAUCAUUGUUCACUGGACGCCUGGUCCCUCGAGCCAAAGGUACGGCCAAAUGAAGAACCGGACUCCUCUCUUUCUCACACCUGUCUCUAUCGUGCCUCCACUCUUACAUGUCUGUUCUGUCUCUCGCUCACUGGCUCUGCCUAUUUAUGAGCUUGUGAGUAUGUCCAAUAAGUCUGGUCAUGAAGAUGAUACAAACACUCCAAACGUUCGACUCAGUUCACCCUCUGGGCAUGAUGAUGAAGAAACGGGCAUUUAUAUCAAUCUCAAGAAGGAUAUCGUUUAUUUUACAAAUCAUGAUGUUUUUGAUAAGAUGGGGAAUCAACAUUUUCCAGUGUCAGAUACACAUGCAGAUUUGGAAGAUCGUAUUCAUUACGAGCCACAAUUCUGUCAAUCUUGCUCAGACCUUGUCUUUCCGGUAAAUGAUGCGCUUCGUCUGUUAAUCAGAGAUAUGGAUAUAAGGAAAGAAUUGAGAAAUAUAGGGUUCAGCUUCGAUAUUCCAGUGAAGAGACAUAAUUUCUGUUGGGGAGGCUUAGGCAAGGAUUUCUACGGAAUACGAAGAAUUGUAUUCGUAUCUGAAGAAAAAGACGAGGUGAGACUACUACGAAAUGGGAAAGCACAUGGUGCCACCGCCGCAACAUCUACUAUUAAAAUCCCCAAGUUCACGACUCCCUCGCCAUAUAUCAGAAACAAGUGUUUUGAAACUUACAAAGAUCGUUUUCAUAUACAAGGAAGGCAUAUAAAAAAUGGUAGGGAAUAUAUGAUGAUAGAUGCUCGUGAACAAUUUUUUAGACCGCUGAUUGAUAGAGAAAUGGGAUCGUAUAGGAAUGGGCUGGGAACGGGCAGAAAUUACUUGCAGUGGGGAAUACAUGGAUUGGUACCUUUUGGAUGGAAAGGCACGGGGGCAGGAGAGGAGUGGGAUGAAGAUGGGGGUGAGGAAUGGAAUCAUGAAUUCAUAGGACCGCGAGUGGAGUUUUUAGUCGAGAACGGGAAGGAUAGGAAUAGAGCGACGAGGGACAUUUUUUUGGUUUGAGAAGAGAUGUCUGGGAUUUAUUUUUUGGAAUUUUUGGGCAAAUAUUUCGUAGUUUGGGGGUAAAAGAGUCUUUUUUGUAGUGCCUACGGCCUGUCAAUCGCUAUCUUUGCAAUUUGUUCUUUAGUUAGUUGGAUUGGUUAUGUCUCACCAAACGUUCUUUCCAUUUCACUAUUUUAGCAUCUUUCUGAUAUCCAUUAUCCUACUACCAUUCUGAGUACAUGAAAUUGGAAAUUCUAGAGAUGGAUAGGUUUGAUAUUGUACUUCCUACCAAGUCUCCAAGGUUGCUGGAACCCGGUCAAUAAGGUUUUGGAACGCGAGGCAUUCAAUAAUACCAACUUUCGUUACGAAUGAAGCAUACAUAUUUGACACUUGGAUGCCUCGUAUGCUGUCAUGUCUAUUUCUAUCUUAUCCUCUACAUCUAUGAUUGUUUCCAUAUUGGAAUAUAACACAGUCAGUCCGCUCCCA